AAUUCAGGAUAUGCUUCAAAUGAAAUUCCAGAUGAUAAGACAUUAAUUGGAUUUGCUCAAAUUUCUGUAACAGACUAAUGUGUUACUACUAAAUAAGGUUUGUGCUGACAUACUGUAGAAAUUAUUUCAAUAUUAUUUGUAUGAACGGCCAUUUUGUAUAGUUUUAUCAGUUUAGUGAACUUGGUGCCAUCUUGACACGUACAAGUAAAACUGUGAGAUAUGUAAAUCAGUGAAUGACAUUUUGUCCACAGAAUUUCAUUUAUUGUAAUAAGUAUCACUGCUGAUUCAUAUUUCACACUUUAUUGUGAAUGGUGAACAUGUAAAGUUGGAUUUUCUCUUGAUAUGUCAAGAACAUAUGCACAGGAAUCUGUGAAUAAGUGUUGUGAACUUGGAGUAUUCUAAAUGCAUUGAUUACUACAUUUUGAUUGCUGUUUUUUCUGUAAGCUAAUUAUAUGGGAAGAUGUGACUGUUGUGACUGGUCCUUCAAUCAACGAUGGAGUGCCUUUAUAUAAAACUUUUCAUGAAAGAUGCUGGGAGUAUUUUAAUUGUAUGUUUUUAUUAUGAAUUUCAAUCAUCUGUAUCCAUGAAUCCAGAAAUCCAAAAUCCAUUUAUUUCUUUAUGAUUGUAGCAGAAAUUUGUUUUCAUUCUAGGUUUGCAGAUAUUCACACAUUUGUUUUUUCUCAUUAUCACUGGCAAUAUGUUAUUUCUAUAAUGACAGCAUCUUCUUAAUGGUAUUCAUCCGGGAAUGUACGACUCCAUCUCAUUCAAAAGAGUAGCCAGUAUUGCACGGUUGUUCACAUAGGAUGCUAUACUAAAAUAGUGUGAAGAUAUCUGGAUGCUAUGAAAUUCUGUAUCUUUUGGUGCUUGGUGUUUGAAUGUUUCUUUCUGCUCGUCAAAAACUGGGAGUGUUCUAACAUACUUGUAUUAAAAGUCAAUUGCUGUUUAGAAGUGAAGUAAUGUAAAACACGUUAAAUUAUUAUAUUGUAAUAAUUAAUGUAAUUAAUAUUUUAGAAUUUUUCUGUUAUUUAACUUUGCUUUAGAUUUGCGUGGAUCUUACUGUUAUUUUAUAUUCAUUCUGCAUAUUGUAAAUUUCAAAAUGUUGCUUAUUGUCAUCAUUGUAUUUAUGUUAUUUUCUCUAUAUUUCUUGGGUUGUAUGAAUUUGGUCAUUGGUGAACAUUAAUUUGAAAAUACUGUAGGUUGUAAUUAUAAACUGCAAGGUUUAAGUUACCGUUUUGUAGUCAUUUCAAAGAUGAUCUUAUAUCAUUGCCUGUGGUUUUUUAUGUUUUGUUUUGUUGUGUAUCAUUUCCAAUUGUGAAACUGUGGGAAUUACAUUGUUUUUGGCAUGUUAUCCUUGUUCUUUCUUAAUUAAUUUUGCUUUUCAUGGCCUUUAUUUUUACCAUAUGUACUGUCUUCCUCUAUUAUUGCAUUUCCUUGAAACUUGUGAGGGUUAGUUAGCCACGACAGAAAUUAACAUUUACUCAUCUCUGUAAAUCUGAUGAUUUUACAUAUUUCUUGUUGUGAAGAGCAUAUUGUAAGUGCACUACUACUUUGAGAGUAAAGCAUUAAUUCUCCUACUUUUUAAAAGGUGAUGAAUGGGAAAGAAAUAUUUCCAGUAGUUUCAAAUAUUGUAAGCCAAUGCUUUAAUCAUUGUAUUGUGAGUAUUGUGUGUAGUCCAUGUUUCUGUAUAUUUUAUUGUUUUGCUUUUGGAAGUAGUAGUGGUAGGCCUUGUAAUAAUUGUUGACUAACCCUCUGAAAUGCCAUUGGCAAUGUGUGAUAUGCAAGACUUAAUGUUUGAGUGUUCAUUAAAUAAUUUUAAAUUGUGUCAUUGAAUUCUGUUGAAGUUAUGAAGUUGUACAAUACUGUUGUAUGAAAUGUACUUGUGCCUACAUAGAAUGCACAAAAAUCUUAAAAGAUCUCAGAACAGAUGAGGUCUUAAAUUAACAAUAUGUAUUUUGUUUUUGCAGUAAUGGUGUUCAGGGAGACCAGUACAUUGAUAAAAUCGUGAUAUUCUGAUCUCUCUGUUCACGAUGCAAAUAAUUGAUGUUUUCAUUGGGAUGUGUAGUCUUAAAUCUGAGAUAUCUUUUUACAUCAUUGUUUUGAAUCUCUCUCAAGUUCAGUCUCAUAGUUUCCAAACUUCUUUUUUCUUUUCUAAAAUUAAUACAUUCAUUUUAUUGUACCACACACAUGCCAAUGAGAACCUGAUUGUUCCUACAAAUUUCAAGACUCUCUGCCAUAUAAGGGAACAUAUAUUCAGAGUGUGAAAUGUUACACAUUUGUAUAUAGAUUAGGAACAUCGUUAUUACACAUUUGAAUAAGUAACAUUGUGGUUACACAACUAUAAAAUUGCUAUGUCUUUCAAUAGCAGCCUUUUCAUAGAUUGUGGGUCUUCACUGUAGGAAUGGCUGGCUGGUUAAGAUCUUGCAUUCUCUAUUUCCACAGGUGUCGAUAGAAGUAUUUCUACUAUUGGUAUCUAAAGUAGCAUCUUUUAUAAAAAGUAUUUAUGGCAAGUCCAUCUCUCCAUUCAAAUUCAUUUAUAUGGAGCGAGUUAAAAUUAUAUAAGGUUAUUCAAAAAUGUGUGAUACAAAUAUGCCAAGUACUUACUUUGUUUUGUAAACUGUUUUAAGGUACCUCAGCAAAAUAUAUUCAUCAUUUUGUUAAUAUUUCUGAGACUACUUCUUUAGCAUGUAUAUUAAACCAUGUCUAAUAUUUAAGAUUGACUUGUGAAGGAGAAUUAAUGUGUCAGAGGCAUCUAAGUAGUAUAAUCACGUAACUUCUGUUUAGGAUUAACAUGUUUUCUGGUAUAAAGUUAGAACAUAAUAGCAUACCAUUUACUAUGAAAAAUAGUUUGUGCUUCAGUAUGAGCAAAUGAUUGGUACAAGUGAUGCCUCUAGCAGUUUCUGUCUAUAGGUACAUUUGCAAGGCAAACUUUCAUUUAACAAGACAAGUAGUUGUCUGUUUAGUUUCAUUAAAAAGUCCUUAAUUAUCAAAUCAAGUGUUUGCUCUCAAGGAACCAAUUUCCUGAAAUGAAUUUGGAGGUGUGAUUUUCACAAUUCAGGAAUUUGCUGUCUUCAAAUAUUUUCACAAAUUCUUUGCAUUGGUUGGUGUGCAUUUCUGUAUUUUUGAGACUGAUAAGCAGUAGUUUACAGGACUGUGGAUCUGUAAUACGUAUAUGCAUAGUAGGUAGGGAAUUGGCGUGCCUUACUAACUUCAGCUUCUUUUACACACAAAUAUCCUUUGUUGUAAGAUAUUUCACUAGAUAUACUGAAAAUAUCAGUAAUAAAAGUUAUCAUUACUUUGAUUCUACUGCACCAAAGUAUUUUAAAGACAAUACCACACAACUGCACAAAGCUUCAUUGCAGUUGUCACUUCAAUUGGGUUACCGAUAGUUCAGUACAAAAGUGUUGAUUUGUAUUCAUCUAUAAUUUAUUGCUGUAAAAAUGUGAACAUAUUGUAUAGAUUACUUUAAAAUAUAUUUCUCCAAUUUAA